CAAUUGUUUUCUGUGGAGGCAUUGAUAGAUGGCUUGAAUUCUUUGGUCCUUGAUCUGGAUUAUCCAGCACUGAGGAAGAACAAGAACAUUGAUAAUUUCUUAAAUAGAUAUGAGAAGAUUGUGGAAAAAAUCCGAGCUUUACAAAUGAAAGCUGAAGACUAUGACAUUGUUAAGGUGAUUGGAAGAGGGGCUUUUGGAGAAGUGCAGCUGGUUCGCCAUAAAAUGACACAGAAGGUUUAUGCAAUGAAGCUACUUAGUAAAUUUGAAAUGAUCAAGAGAUCAGAUUCAGCCUUUUUCUGGGAAGAAAGAGAUAUCAUGGCCUUUGCCAACAGUCCGUGGGUGGUUCAGCUAUUUUGUGCCUUUCAAGAUGACAAGUACUUGUACAUGGUAAUGGAAUAUAUGCCAGGUGGAGAUCUUGUAAACCUUAUGAGCAAUUACGAUGUGCCUGAGAAAUGGGCCAAGUUCUAUACAGCCGAAGUUGUUCUUGCUCUUGAUGCAAUUCACUCCAUGGGCUUGAUACACAGAGAUGUGAAGCCUGACAAUAUGCUGUUAGAUAAAUACGGGCAUCUGAAGCUGGCAGAUUUUGGCACUUGCAUGAAAAUGGAUGAAACAGGUAUGGUGCGCUGCGAUACAGCUGUGGGAACCCCCGACUACAUAUCGCCCGAGGUUUUGAAGUCGCAAGGGGGUGAUGGUUAUUACGGACGGGAGUGUGACUGGUGGUCUGUAGGAGUUUUCCUUUUUGAGAUGCUAGUUGGCGAUACUCCUUUUUAUGCAGACUCACUAGUGGGAACAUACAGUAAAAUUAUGGAUCAUAAGAACUCAUUACAUUUCCCGGAUGAUGUGGAAAUCUCUAAGCAUGCAAAGAACCUUAUCUGUGCCUUUUUAACUGAUAGGGAUGUACGACUUGGGAGAAAUGGGGUAGAAGAAAUAAAGCAUCACCCUUUCUUCAAGAGUGAUCAGUGGAACUGGGACAACAUUCGAGAGACUGCUGCUCCUGUCGUUCCUGAGCUUAGCAGUGAUAUAGAUAGCAGUAAUUUUGAUGACAUUGAGGAUGACAAGGGAGACGUGGAAACCUUUCCAAUCCCCAAAGCGUUUGUGGGAAACCAGCUGCCUUUUAUAGGAUUUACCUACUAUAGGGACAAUUUGUUGCUAAGUGACUCCUCUCAGUCUUGCAGAGAAAGUGAAUCCAUGCAAUCUAGUAAAAACGAGGACAGCAAGGAGUUUCAGAAAAAACUAAGCAAGCUAGAAGAACAGCUCAGUAACGAAUUACAAGCCAAAGAUGAACUAGAACAGAAGUACAGGUCUACUAAUACUCGUUUAGAGAAGAUAGUGAAAGAGCUAGAUGAAGAGAUAACUUCAAGGAAGAAUGUAGAGUCUGCAGUCAGACAGUUAGAAAGAGAGAAGGCUCUUCUUCAGCAUAAGAAUACAGAAUACCAGAGAAAAGCAGAACACGAAGCAGAUAAGAAACGCAACUUGGAAAAUGAGGUUAACAGUUUGAAAGACCAGCUUGAAGAUUCAAAAAAGAGGAAUCAGAACUCUCAAAUAUCCAAUGAGAAAAUCAAUCAACUACAAAGACAGUUGGAUGAAGCCAAUUCUUUGCUGCGGUCAGAGUCUGAUACUGCAGCCAGGUUAAGGAAGAACCAGACAGAAAGCACAAAGCAAAUCCAGCAGCUGGAAGCUAAUAACAGAGAACUACAAGACAAGAACUGCCUGCUAGAGAAUGCUAAACUCAAACUGGAGAAGGACUUUCUCAAUCUCCAGUCAGCUCUAGAAUCAGAAAGGAGAGAUCGAAGUCAUGGAUCAGAGAUUAUCAGUGACUUACAAGGUCGAAUAUCUAGCCUGGAAGAAGAAGUGAAAAAUGGAAAGACUGCAUUAGCCAAAUUGGAAAUGGAGAAGAGACAAUUGCAGGAAAAACUUACAGACUUAGAAAAGGAAAAGAGCAACAUGGAAAUAGAUAUGACAUACAAAUUCAAAGUUAUGCAGCAGAACCUUGAACAAGAAGAAGCUGAACAUAAAGCCACAAAAGCACGAUUAGCAGACAAAAACAAGAUCUAUGAAUCUAUAGAGGAAGCAAAAUCUGAAGCUAUGAAAGAAAUGGAGAAGAAACUUCUGGAAGAGAGAGCUUUAAAGCAAAAAGUAGAAAAUCAGUUGUUAGAAGCUGAAAAGCAGCGCUCCAUGUUGGACUGUGAUCUCAAACAAUCACAACAGAAAAUCAAUGAGCUCCUUAGGCAAAAGGAUAUACUAAAUGAAGAUGUAAAAAAUCUGACAUUAAAAAUAGAGCAAGAAACACAAAAGCGUUGUCUCACGCAAAAUGACCUCAAGAUGCAGACGCAACAGGUCAACACCUUGAAAAUGUCAGAGAAGCAGCUAAAACAGGAGAAUAACCACCUUCAGGAAAUCAAAUUAAGUCUGGAAAAACAAAAUAACGAACUCCGCAAGGAACGCCAAGAUGCAGAUGGACAAAUGAAGGAGCUUCAAGACCAACUUGAAGCUGAACAGUACUUUUCGACUCUGUACAAGACGCAAGUUCGAGAACUUAAAGAAGAAUGUGAGGAAAAGACCAAACUUUGUAAAGAAAUGCAGCAAAAGAUACAAGAGUUACAGGAUGAGAGAGAUUCCUUGGCUGCUCAGCUAGAGAUUACUUUGACAAAAGCUGAUUCGGAACAACUUGCACGUUCUAUUGCUGAAGAACAGUACUCUGAUUUGGAAAAAGAGAAGAUUAUGAAAGAGCUGGAGAUUAAAGAGAUGAUGGCUAGGCAUAAACAGGAACUUACUGAGAAAGAUGCCACCAUAGCCUCUUUGGAGGAAGCAAAUAGGACACUAACUAGUGAUGUGGCUAAUCUUGCUAACGAGAAAGAAGAACUAAACAAUAAACUGAAGGAAGUACAAGAACAAAAUGCAAAGCUAAAAGAAGAAGAAGCAAAUGUAGGAAAUAUUAAAGCACAAUUUGAGAAACAGUUGUUGAAUGAAAGAACAUUGAAAACCCAGGCUGUGAAUAAAUUGGCUGAGAUCAUGAAUCGGAAGGGUCCAGUCAAACGUGGAGCUGACACUGAUGUACGGCGUAAGGAGAAGGAAAAUAGGAAACUGCAUAUGGAACUGAAGUCUGAACGAGAAAAGUUAACCCAAAUGAUGAUCAAAUAUCAGAAGGAAAUCAAUGAAAUGCAGGCACAAAUAGCAGAAGAGAGUCAGAUACGGAUUGAACUCCAGAUGACCCUGGACAGCAAAGACAGUGACAUUGAACAGCUUCGUUCGCAGCUACAGUCAUUACACAUUGGUCUAGACAACAGUAGCAUAGGCAGUGGACCUGGAGAUGCUGAGACAGAUGAUGGAUUCCCUGUCCAUAUCACUCAAUCCCACACUAUGGAAUCCAUGUCUUUUACCUACCAGCACUCUUCUACCUCUGUCAGUAUUGCCACUAAGCCUUCCAGUUCUCGCAUGCUUCUCGAUUCUGAUUCUGACUCAGAGGAAGAACCUUUGUCUUGUUCCCACAGCCCUACAGAAGCUGAUAGUACAG